AUGUCGUCUACUCCUUUCAAAGGCUCGCUCAAGGCCAAGAGAAAGGGCGAGCUCACCGAGAUCGCCCAGGCCCUCGGCAUCGGUCUCGACUCGUCGCAAAAGAAGGAGGAGCUCGAGGACCUCAUCCGCGAACACCUCAUCAGUCACAAGAGCCAGUACUCGUCCAACAACGAUUUCAAGGGUCUCAUUGACAGCCUCGACUCGGGCCGCAAGCGAUCCGCCCGCUCCAGCAGCGUCAACGGCAACGCCGACUCGGACGCCUCGGACUCACCCGAAUCGUCCGUGCGCUCUCCCCGCAAGCACUCGGGCCGUCCCUCCACCCUGGGCCUCCCCUCGACCCCCUUGACCAACGCCAUUCCCGCCAACGUCACUGACCUGGCCAACAGCGUCAAGCAGCGCGGCCUCAAGGCGCGCAAGUCGCUCGACAAGCUCGCCGACUCGCUCACGGACAACGCGCGCUCCACCGCCAAGGAGCUCACCACCGAGGUGCAGGACGUCCAGAGCGAAGUCACCGCCAGCCUCCAGGCUGUCCAGGGCGAGGCCACCAAGCGCUUCCGCAAGGUCAAGCAGCAGGGCAACAAGGUCUUUGUCCGCGCUCGCACCUUUUGCAGCGACACCAAGAACCUCGUCCGCCUCCUGGUCGCUUUCGAGGGUCUCCUGCUCGUGCUCGCUACACUCCCCACCUCGUACGUCGAGGUGGGCAGCCGUGGCCCCAAGAUCCCCAUCGUCAACCCCAAGACGGGCAUCAACGGCUACCUGCCUCACUGGGCCAUCACGCUGCCCGACCCGCGCGGUCUGAUCAGCUUCGACUUUUACCGUCCCUUGAUCCUGUGGGCCGUGUACAGCGUGCUGGUGCCCCUCGCCGUCGCUCACCUCGUCACGUUUGACCGCCGCAGCCAGCCCUCGGUCUACACGUUCCUGCUGGCGCGUCUCUCGGCGCUCGUCUUCCUGGCUCGCGUCCUGCCCAACAGCACCUUGACUGCGCUCGGCGUGCCGUCGCCCGCCGUGCUGGGCGUCGCUGCUGGUGAGGUGCCCGAGUUCGCCCUCAUUCGCGGUCUUCGCAAGCUGUUCUCCUACGACUAUGUGCUCGCUCACCUCGGUGUCGACCUGCAGAUCUGGGCUACGGCCACCGUAUUCGGUUUCGCUCAGUACGAGGCUAUCGCCGUUCGCCCUCGUGCUGCUUAA